UUCCGCUGGUUCGCAGUGUCCCGCCGGCGGCGGAGCAGCGAGGUGGGGCUGUGCCGUUCCUCUCCCCCCGUCCUCGUCCUCGUCGCGCUCCGCCCCGCGCCGGUGGGGCGGGCGCUGACGGCGCUUCUCUCUCUGUCUCGCUCGGUGUGUCCUCGGUGCCGCCGCAGCAGCAGCAGCAGCAGCAGCGCUCGGCGGGUUAAAUGGUUGCAGCGCGGGGAUGCUGGGGAGCAACCUCAAGAGCCUUCCCGACGUGGAGCUGGGCGAGGAGGAGCGCGGCUACCGGCGGGGCCCCGACGGCGGCGCGGUGAUGCCGAAGCGGGCGAAGGCGGCGGCGGCGGCGGCGGGGCCGCGGGGCGCGGAGCUGCGCGUCUUCAAGGCGAGCAGCGCGGAGGGGCGGCUGCCGGCCGGCUCCAACCUGCGCAAGCAGAAGUCGCUCACCAACCUGGCCUUCCUCACCGACGCCGAGAAGAAGCGGCAGCUCUACGAGCCCCGCUGGAGCGACGACAUGGCCAAGGCGGCGGCGCGGGGGCGGCGGCGGGGGGGGGGGGGCGGCCGGGGCGGCGGCGGCCCCCGCGGCCGGGAGGCGCCCGCCAUGUCGCGGAGCCUGUCCCGCUCCGAGCACUCGCUGCUGCCGCCGCGCCCCGCCGGCCCCGCCAAGCCGCCGCCCGCCGGCAAGCCCAGCCGCAUCCCCCGCGGGCCCUACGCGGAGGUGAAGCCCCUCAGCAAGGGCCCCGAGGCAGGCGGGGGCGGCGGAGGCGGCAAGUGCGACGACGAGCUGCUGGGCGGGAAGGGGCCGGCGGUGGCGGCGGGCGCUGAGGAGAAGCCCUACCUGAAGGUGGACCCCGAGCUGGUGGUGACGGUGCUGGGCGACCUGGAGCAGCUCCUCUUCAGCCAGAUGCUGGACCCCGAGUCCCAGAGGAAGAGGACAGUACAGAAUGUGCUGGACCUUCGGCAGAACCUGGAGGAGACCAUGUCCAGCCUGAGGGGCUCUCAGGUGUCUCACAGCUCUCUGGAGAUGACCUGCUAUGACAGCGAUGAAGCCAACCCCCGGAGCGUCUCCAGCCUGUCCAACCGCUCCUCCCCGCUGUCCUGGCGCUACGGACAGUCCAGCCCACGCCUGCAGGCAGGGGAUGCGCCGUCAGUCGGGGGGACCUGCCGCUCCGAGGGGACCCCCAGCUGGUACAUGCACGGCGAGCGGGCGCACUACUCGCACACCAUGCCCAUGCGCAGCCCCAGCAAGCUGAGCCACAUCUCCCGCCUGGAGCUGGUCGAGGCACUGGACACCGAUGAUGUGGAGCUGAAGUCAGGCUACAUGAGUGACAGCGAUCUGAUGGGGAAGACGCUAACAGAGGAUGACGACAUCACCACGGGCUGGGAUGAGAGCAGCUCCAUCAGCAGCGGCCUCAGUGAUGCCUCUGACAACCUCAGCUCGGAGGAGUUCAACGCCAGCUCCUCGCUCAACUCCCUGCCCUCCACCCCCACUGCUUCGCGGAGGAACUCGGCCAUAGCGCUGCGCACGGACUCUGAGAAGCGCUCUCUAGCAGAGAGCGGGCUGAGCUGGUACUGUGAGGGCGAGGAGAAGGCGUCCAAGAAGCUGGACUACGACAGCAGCAGCCUCAAGAUGGAGCAUGGCUCCUCCAAGUGGCGGCGGGAGCCCUCGGAGGGCGGCGAGGAGGGGCCCAAGGGCGGUGAGCUGAAGAAGCCGGUCAGCCUGGGCACCCCGGGCUCCCUCAAGAAGGGCAAGACCCCUCCAGUGGCCGUGACCUCCCCCAUCACUCACACGGCCCAGAGCACCCUCAAAGUGGCAGGCAAGCCGGAGACCAAAGCCACCGACAAGAACAAGCUGUCUGUGAAGAGCACAGGCCUGCAGCGUUCCUCCUCCGAUGCCAGCCGUGACCGCAUUGCUGAUGCCAAGAAGCCACCCUCAGGUCUCACACGCCCCUCGGCCUCCAGCUCCUUCGGCUAUAAGAAACCAGCUCCUGCCACUGGCACGGCCACUGUCAUGCAGGCUGGAGGCUCAGCCACGCUUGGCAAGAUCCAGAAGAGCUCCGGCAUCCCCGUCAAGCCAGUCAGUGGGAGGAAAACGAGCCUGGAUGUCUCCAACGCAGCCGAGCCUGGCUUCCUGGCCCCAGGGGCUCGUUCCAAUAUCCAGUACCGCAGCCUGCCCCGGCCAGCCAAGUCCAGCUCCAUGAGUGUGACCGGUGGCCGCGGUGCCAACCGGCCGGUCAGCAGCAGCAUCGAUCCCAGUCUGCUGAGCACCAAGCAGGGCAGCAUCUCGGUGUCGCGGCUCAAGGAGCCGUCCAAGAUUGGCGCCGGCCGUGGCACACCGGCACCUGUGAACCAGACGGACCGCGAGAAGGAGAAGGCCAAGGCCAAGGCGGUAGCACUUGACUCUGAGUGUGGGACGCUGAAGAGUGUCAGCUCGCCUGAGAGCACCCCAAAAGCCCAGGCCAACCUCCCGCCGGCGGCCAAGGUGGCCGAGCUGCCCCCCACACCUCUCAGAACGGCUCCCAAGAGCUAUGUGAAGCCUCCCUCGCUGGCCAACUUGGAUAAGGUCAACUCCAACAGCCUGGAUUUGCCCUCCUGCAGCGAGCUGCACCCUCCACACGCUGCCAAGCUCCAGGACCUGCACUCGGCCGGCGGGCACCUCGCACCCUGCUUCAGCCCCAGUCCUGCCCCAAUCCUCAACAUCAACUCGGCCAGCUUCUCCCAGGGUCUGGAGCUCAUGGGCAGCUUCAGUGUCCCCAAAGAGGGCAGGAUGUACCCCAAGCUCUCAGGCCUGCACCGCAGCAUGGAGUCCCUGCAGAUGCCCAUGAGCCUGCCCAGUGCCUUUUCGGGGGGCAGCACCACCACCCCCACCCCUGCUGCUGCACCCCCCGCCAGCACGGAGGAGGAGGAGGAGGAAGAGGCAGGGGAGCUGGGCUGGAGCGGGAGCCCCCGGCUCGCGCAUUUGGACAGUGCCAACCGUGACAGGAACACACUGCCCAAGAAAGGGUUGAGGUACCAGCUCCACUCCCAGGAGGAGGCCAAGGAGCGGCGCCAUUCGCAUGCUGUCAGCAGCGGGCUCCCCGAGCCGGACGACCAGCAGGAGCUGCCCUCACCCCCCACCCUCCCCAUGGCACUGGUUGGGAAGGGUCCACUCACCAGCAUCGUGAGCCCCACUGCCACCGCAACCCCGCGGAUCACCCGCUCCAACAGCAUCCCCACCCACGACUCCACCUUCGAGCUGUACAGCACGUCCCAGAUGGGCAGCACCCUCUCCCUGGCUGACAAGCCCAAGGGCAUGAUCCGCUCAGGCUCCUUCCGGGACCCUGUGGAUGAUGUUCAUGGAUCGGUGCUGUCCCUGGCCUCAAGCGCGUCCUCCACCUACUCCUCCGCUGAGGAGAAGAUGCAGUCCGAGCAAAUCCGCAAGCUGCGCCGUGAGCUGGAGUCCUCGCAGGAGAAGGUGGCCACCCUGACAUCCCAGCUGUCUGCUAAUGCUAACCUGGUAGCAGCUUUUGAGCAGAGCCUGGUGAGCAUGACAUCCCGCCUGCGGCACUUGGCCGAGACCGCUGAGGAGAAGGACACAGAGCUGCUGGACCUGCGAGAGACCAUCGACUUCCUGAAGAAGAAGAACUCAGAGGCCCAAGCUGUGAUCCAGGGUGCCCUGAACGGCACCGAUGUCACCCCCAAAGAGCUGCGCAUCAAGCGGCAGAACUCCUCUGACAGCAUCUCAAGCCUCAACAGCAUCACCAGCCACUCCAGCAUCGGCAGCAGCAAGGACGCCGAUGCCAAGAAGAAGAAGAAGAAGAGCUGGGUGUAUGAGCUACGCAGCUCCUUCAACAAGGCCUUCAGCAUCAAGAAGGGACCCAAAUCAGCCUCAUCCUACUCGGACAUUGAGGAGAUCGCCACACCAGACUCAUCGGCCCCGUCUUCCCCCAAGCUGCAGCAUGGUUCCACGGAGACUGCCUCGCCCUCGAUCAAAUCCUCCACGUCCUCCUCCGUGGGCAUCGACACAGCUGAGCUCUUCCCAGCCCACAGUGAGGGGGAGCCAGAGAAGAAGGAGGUGUCAGAGCUGCGGUCAGAGCUGUGGGAGAAGGAGAUGAAGCUGACAGACAUCCGCCUGGAGGCCCUCAACUCGGCCCACCAGCUGGAGCAGCUGCGGGAGACCAUGCACAACAUGCAGCUGGAGGUGGAUCUCCUGAAGGCCGAGAACGACCGGCUCAAAGUAGCUCCAGGGCCCUCGGUGGUGCCAGGCUCCGUUCCUGGUCAUGUCACAAGCACAUCAGCCUCCUCUUCACCACGACGCUCCCUCGGCCUCACCCUUGGCCAUGCCCUCAGCCCCAGCCCGGGGGACACAGAUGUGUCCCCCAUGGAUGCUGUCAGCGCUGGCACCCAGAAGGACGAGCUAACGCUGCGGAUUGUGGUGCGCAUGCCACCCCAGCACAUCAUCAAGGGGGACCUCAAGCAGCAGGAGUUUUUCCUGGGCUGGACCAAGGUGAGCGGGAAGGUGGAUUGGAAGAUGCUGGACGAGGCUGUCUGCCAGGUCUUCAAGGAUUACAUCACCAAGAUGGAUCCUGCUUCCACGCUGGGGCUCAGCACCGAGUCUGUCUAUGGCUACAGCAUCAGCCACAUCAAGCGGAUCCUGGACACAGAGCCACCAGAGCUGCCGCUGUGCCGCCGGGGCCUGACCAGCAUCGUCGUGACGCUCAAAGGCUUGAAGGAGAAGUGCGUGGACAGCCUGGUGUUCGAGACACUCAUCCCCAAGCCCAUGAUGCAGCAUUACAUCAGCCUCCUGCUGAAGCACCGGCGGCUCAUCCUCUCAGGACCCAGCGGUACUGGCAAGACCUACCUGACCAACCGCCUGGCUGAGUACCUGGUAGAGCGCUCGGGUCGGGACGUCACCGAGGGCAUCGUCAGCACCUUCAACAUGCACCAGCAGUCCUGCAAGGACCUGCAGCUGUACCUCUCCAACCUGGCCAACCAGAUCGACAGGGAGACGGGCAUGGCAGAUGUGCCACUGGUGAUCCUCCUGGACGACCUCAGCGAGGCAGGCUCCAUCAGCGAGCUCGUCAACGGUGCACUCACCUGCAAGUACCACAAAUGCCCCUACAUCAUUGGGACCACCAACCAGCCUGUGAAGAUGACCCCAAACCAUGGCCUCCAUCUCAGCUUCAGGAUGCUGACCUUCUCAAACAACGUGGAGCCAGCCAACGGCUUCCUGGUGCGCUACCUGCGGCGGAAGCUGCUGGAGUCGGACACAGAUGUCAACGCCAACAAGGAAGAGCUGCUGCGUGUGCUGGACUGGGUGCCCAAACUCUGGUACCACUUGCACACCUUCCUGGAGAAACACAGCACCUCCGACUUCCUCAUCGGUCCCUGCUUCUUCCUGUCCUGCCCCAUUGGAAUUGAGGAUUUCCGGACCUGGUUCAUCGACCUGUGGAACAACUCCAUCAUCCCUUACCUGCAGGAGGGGGCAAAAGAUGGGCUCAAGGUCCACGGGCAGAAAGCAGCCUGGGAGGACCCUGUGGAGUGGGUGCGGGACACCCUGCCCUGGCCGUCAGCACAGCAGGACCAGUCCAAGCUGUACCACCUGCCCCCACCCACCAUCGGGCCCCACAGCACUGUUUCCCCUCCCGAGGAGCGCACCGUCAAAGACACGACGCCCAGCUCCCUGGACGCAGACCCUCUGAUGGCCAUGCUGCUGAAGCUUCAGGAAGCCGCCAACUACAUUGAGUCUCCAGACCGUGAGACCAUGGUGGAUCCAGACCUGCAGUCGACUCUGUGAGGCCCGGACAUGCCGGCCCAGGCGGAGGGAGCCACGGCCAGCCACUGCUCCCACCGGGCUGCUCUCCUUUCCCUUUGGUAUCCUGGAGCGCAGGGCUGGCGAGUGAGCAGAGAGGACUGGGGCUCCAGCGUGUCCUGGCAGAGCAUGGGGAAGCUCAGCUCAUCCAUGGGAGAGCACGAGGUGCCAUCUCCCCUCCCAACCCUGGGGGUAGGAGAAUCCUGGUUUCUCUUGGGUUUUUUUUGGGUUUUUUUUUUUUUUUAUUUUUUUUCUGUCUCUAUUUCAAACUCUUGGGCUUUGGGGCCAGGGCGACCAAUGUGGCUGAGCCCCCGCUCCCAGGAGCCGCAGGAAGGCCCCUGCCUGGGGCAGGGACCCCGUGGGAGCCACCUGGGCCAAAGCUGGGGGGUGCAGAGGUGUGUGGCCACAGGACAAGAGCGCAGGCGUAGGGUCUCCAGCCCCCUCUCCACCCAGCCAGGCGUAGCCGAGGGCAGGCGCUGAGGGAGCCGCUGCUGCAGGAAGCACUGGCUGAGGAGGAGCUCUUGCUGCUGUCUUAGUACGUUCCCUGUUUCACCUGCAUGGCAGUCGCUGUGACCAGGACAGCCCAAUAAACCCUGCUUUGGUUAUUUUAUUUUGUUCCCCCCUCCCAUUUUCCUUUGGCCAAAUCCAGACUUCACUUUGGUCCCUUUUUUUUUUUGUUCUGGUUCUUUGCUCUCCUGCCCUGGAGCCCACGGCCCAGUGCUCACUGCUUCCCUCUAAGCAGCUCCCUUUCCCUUUGGUUUCUUUUGCAGCUGUUAGUUCCACCACUCAAACAACCUCUGUCAUGAAACUGGUGCUCACUGGACGAUCUCCAGUCCCUGAACCCAUCCCCUGGGGCCUCACAGCUUGACUGAGAUGGGACUUGGCAGCUCGUGGCAGCGGGAUGCUCCUGGAGCAGCCCCUUGCCUGGCGGCUCCCCUCUCCCCAAAAGCACAAGGCAGAGCCUGGCCCUGGGGCCGGGGUCUCUCACCAGGUCAGGCUGCCACGGGGCAUCCCCUCCCCAAGGCCUGGGCAGGGAGAGGGUGCUGCUGCCCCAUCCCCGUCCCCUCAGCACUGCCCCAUGUGUCUUGGGGGUGCUGGUUGGGGAGCCAUGCCCCUGGCUCCCCAAGGCCCUGUGCCUUCCUGCACCCUCUGGCCUGGCAGGGUGUCGCUGUGCCCCAUGUCAGUGCUCGGGGGACGCCGAGGGCUGCCUCGUGUCCCCUUGGCCCUACCGUGGCAAUGUCACAGGUGAGGCACCUGGCACGUGUGAAAAUCACUUACAUCACACGGAGGGGAUGAGCUCCGGUGCUGCCACGCUGCCUUAAUCCCCGGCUGUGCGGGAAGGGGGCAUGGGGAGCUCGGGCUGGUGCUGUCACAGCCCGCUCUGGCUGCGGUGUCCUAUGACUGUCCCCAAAGCCAGCUUGUCUGGGAUGGGACAGGGGUGCUGGCGCUGGCCUGGGGCUGCUGCCUUCAGCGCUCUGCACCUGCCUGCCCCCGGGCAUGGCUGCAGGGUGCUCUGCCAGGCCAGCACCUCCCUCCUUGAGCCCAGCCGGGCUCUGCACCCCCUGCUCCUCUCCCCGGCAGUCCGGCUCAGCUCCCGCGCUCAGCUGGGGCCCUGGAAAGCCUUUUGGGGAGAGGUGACCCCAGGACCAGGUCUGCCAAGCCCAUCCUGUCCCCGAGCCCUGCUAGGCUGGGGCCGGGGCAGCCUCAGCCCCUUGCCGUGCCACGGCUGGCGUGGCUUUCAGGGACCCCUCACAACCCCGCAGAACAGGCACCUCCGGGGCCCGGCCCUGCUGCCGGCGCUGCUUGGAGGCAGCCGCCACCUCUGCCCUUGGUGCUCUCUUGCCUUGCUGCCCGGCACGUCCCGGCCGCGGCACCUGCGCCCCAUGGUGCUCACUUCUCCGUCUGUCCGACAGCCUCCCUGCCGCCUCCCCACUGCCACCCGGGGCCGGCCAGCCCGGACCCUUUGCACAGGGAUCUUCCUCCCCACGCUGGCUUGGACGCUAGGGCUUUCUCUUCGCCUUCUCUUGUGUUGCCACCAUCGGCUAAGGACUCGCUGUAAAUAGAUCUGUAGUCAAACGCCCUGCGUGAGUUGGUGGGGCCUGGCCCUGCGCCUCUUUCCUCCUGUUUUUAUUUCUUUUUUUGUUUUGUUUUGUUUUGUUUUGUUUUUUUUUUUUGUACUCUGUGAUAACUGUGCUGUGCUGACUUCUUUUCUGAUUGUACGAGACACUGGCUCAGCAGCCGCUCGAGGCCAGCGGUGGGGACCCGGCUCUCCCCUCCAGCCCCUCUCACCCUCCUCGGGGCUCCCGUGCCCAGGGCAGGAAAGGGCACGAUGGCACCUUUGGGGGCUGCCCCGUGCCUGGGAAAUGCUGUGCCCCGGUGCCUUGAGGAGUCUCAGGGGUAGAGGGGGCUUGUGCACCCUCUCGCUUUGCACAGCCUCCAGGGGCAGCCUUGGCAGGCCUGGCUUGCUUUUCUGACACUCCCAGGGAGCCACUAAAACGUCAACCAAACCAUCCCCGGCACCAGCUUGCCCGGGGCUGGGCUGCUGGGUGUCCCCCCACCCUCUAUCCUGCAGGUUUGCUCCAUCCUUCCCCAGUGUGGGGCUGCCUGCUGCCCAGUAACCUCAGCUGGGGUGUGCUGGAGGCGAAUGGCACACUGUGGUGUAAAUCAGGAGGAAUCCCUGUGGGGAAUGGGGAGGGCGAGGGCGAUGCUAGCAGGUGUGCCCUGGGGCAGUGGGGACUUUUGCUGGGCUUACUGGGCUGGAGGGGUUGGGCCCUGAGGGAUUCCUCCUGGCUUACACUGGGCACCCCGUGUCCCCAAGCGUGGCAGCUCUCUGGGGCGGCCAGGGACUGAGCAUCCCCCAGGGCUGCCCGUGGCUGUGGGCUGAGCCCCUCUGUCCCCAGGGGGACGGGUCCAAGGAUUGCACUAACUCAUCCCUUUGCCAUCCCCGAAGGUGCCUGUCCCCCCCCCACGGGAGCGGGUCACCUCCAAGGGUGCCCAUCACACCCAAAGGUGCCUGCUGCCCCCACGGGUGCCUGGGAUCCCCAAAGAAGCCCGUCACUCCCCAGGGGUGCCUGUCACUCCCCAGGGGUGCUGGUGGCCCCCAAAGGUGCCGGCGGCCCCAGGGAGCGCCAGGAGCCCUCCCGAGGGGCUGGAGCUGGGUGACGCCAGCACCUCACCCUCCUGCCCCCUCGAGCUGCUGCUGCCCAGUGGCCUGAACCUUACAAUUUUAGCUUUUUUCUAUUAAAAACAAACAACCUUUUUUUAAUUAAAUAAAAUAUGAAAUGGACAAAUUCCUGUUUUAGAUGAUCUGUGUAAUUGACUGGGUUUUUUGUGUUUCUUAACUGCAUGGUAUUCCUGCCGAGGGGUUUUAUAGCACUUUUUAAAUUUCUCUUUAAGAUUUUGGUCCAGAUUUCUACUGCUCUCGCCUGUCUGUCUUUGCUUUUUCCUUGCAUCCUCCAAGUUUGUAAACUCGUUCCAUUUUAUACCUGAUGUUGAGACCCAACCCCAUGUUGUACAUAGCUGCGGGAACAAUCAUAGGGAACAAACACCAUCUGGACUUUCCACGAUUAGUUGUUUUUACUUAAAAGAAAUUUUAAAAGAAGUAUAAAAGGAAGCCAGGAAGAGGCUUGAGGAUAUUAUGAAAGACAGAAACAAAUCCAGCCCUGCACCAAGUCAGCUCCUGCUGCCCACGCUGCCCGCACCAACCGGCAUGUCUCUUCUUAGUCGUCUGUCUAACACCGUUGGAUUCAAUAAAGUUAUGUCCUGUAC